AUGAGCGAGUCACAGGAAGAAAUGAAGAUCGACCCCUCAAGAGCCCAGGCUCUUGUCUCCCAGCUCAACUCGGUCAAGGACCGUCUCACUGCUGUGGCGAACGGCCGUAACGUUCGACUUGUUGCUGUCUCAAAGCUAAAGCCAGCAAAUGACAUCUUGGCCCUCCAUAAAGCCCCUACGUCUCAAACUCACUUUGGCGAAAACUACGCCCAGGAGCUGACUCAGAAGGCCGCUCUGCUUCCAAAUACCGUCCAGUGGCACUUUAUCGGUGGACACUGUAAAUCUCUUGCCAAGAUCCCCAAUCUCUUCUGCGUUUCCAGCGUCGACACCUCAAAGAAGGCCCAGCUCCUCAACACGACCCGCGGCAACCUCCUAGCAUCGCAGCCCGACCUCUCCAAGCUCGGCGUCCACGUCCAGGUCAACACCUCUGGCGAGGAGGCCAAGUCCGGAUGUGCUCCCGGCGCUGACACCGUCGCCCUGUGCCGCGAGAUUGUCGACACCUGCCCCAACUUGCAGCUGCUGGGCCUCAUGACCAUCGGUGCCAUCGCCCGCAGCAAGGCCACCACCGCUGAGAAUGAAAAUGAGGACUUCCUGACGCUCAAGGCGCAGCGGGAUCUCGUGGCCAAGGAGUUAGGCCUGAGCGAGGAGAGCCUGGAGUUGAGCAUGGGUAUGAGCGAGGACUUUGAGGGUGCUGUGAGGUUGGGAAGCAAUGAGGUGCGUGUAGGCAGUACCAUCUUUGGCCAACGACCGGCCAAGGCAGAUGCCAAGAUCAAGGAGUGA